GGAACGAUGACCACACUCUUUGUCGCUCUUUGUGUUCUUUUUUCUCUCUUCACAGCUGUGAAAUCUUCUGACAUCAAGGAGCUUCAUGUGAGAACAGUAAAGAGUGGAGAAGAUGUAACUAUAGAAUGUAACAUUGGAAGUCUCACAAAGAAAGAUCAAUUAGUUUGGUACAGACAAAGUUCAGGAAAUGUGCCUCGUUUUUUUGGAAAACCAUACCAUAACGCUUUCGGCUACAAAUUUGCUCCAGGAUUUAAUGAUAGUCGCUUCAGUAUUAGUGUAACUGACCAUAAAUUUAAACUCAGUAUAAAUAAAAUAAGAGAAGAUGAUGUAGGAGAAUAUUUCUGUGGAGAAAUUGAAGGAAGUGUACUGAAGUUCACAUCUGGAACACAUCUGCAGUUUGAAGAUGAAGAGAGAAUGCACUAUCCUACAUCUGGAACUACAACUAGUGAUUCAACCAGCAGCAAUAAAAAAGGUGAAGACUAUUGGAUUAUUCCUUUAGCCGUCUCCAAUAUAAUCUCUGUUAUUGUAAUCACAGUUCUGGUUGGAGUUUUAUAUAAAAAUCACAGAAAAGAUUCUUCAUCAAGCAACCAUCAAAUUCCCACCAAUCAGGCUGCUGAUGAUGAUGUCUUGAACUAUGCAGCUGUGAGUUUUGCUAAGAAACCUUCAUCCUCCAGAACAUUCAGAGAAAAGAGCCAUGAAGACGUUUAUACACGAGUUAAAAUAAAAUAAAGAAAGAAAUA